CAGAGCCGUUUCGGAUGAUCCCUGGUGCGUCCGGAAUUGCGCACUACACUAUACUACCGUACUAAAUAGGGCGUUAAAAACGCUGAGCCACGCUGUAUCGUACUAUUUGAAGAUACUACAUAGUUGGUUAGUAUGUAGUACGAGAGACCUUAGAGAGAGAGAGAGAGAGAGCACUGUUGGAGAAAGGCAUCACGUAAACCAUCACAAUGAUGGAGGUCUCCACAAGGAGGAUGCGAAAUCUGGUGCCAGCAAGGCCACUGCGCAGAAUAAAUAGUAAUCAAGUGCUCCAGACAGAUGCUGUGGCUGAGCCUGUGGAGAAGCCAACAGAAAGAGCACUAAACACAAUAACAGUGGAGCAUUUUUAUAAAUUACUUAUGCAGCACAGCCAAAGUCAAGCAGCUGCCAAACCAGAGAGAAUAUCAUACAGCAGAGACUUCUUGAUCAAGUUGGCAAAUUCACCAAUGGCAAAGAUAAAACCAGACUUUCUACCAGAUCACCCAAUAGUUCUGGACAAGGGGAGGGAACCAGACUCAAACAACGUGAUUGGCAACAACAGCGCUAAAGGGAACAUGUUUCCUGAAUAAUGAUUCCCCUUGAUGUUGGAAUUUCAACAGAAGCUUACAAGCAACGAGAAUUUGUACUCUGAAAAAAUUUACAGUACUGUAUGUCAUUGUCUUUGUGGAAAGUUUCCAUUGUGACCAUUGACAUGAUUUAAUUUUGGCAUUUAGAUCACAAUUAGCAGUUUCCAUUUUCAGUGUAAAGUGUGUGUGGUCUUUAAUUCUUAUUUACUAACAAGCAUUACGAUUACCUUGUGUGGCUUUAUUUAUUUAUUUUUUUUGUGAAAGUGAAAGACUAACAGAGCUUUGACUUUAGGAAUGUAGUAUAGAGUUGUUCUGCACUUUGUCCCUGAGGAGACUGUAUGCCUGGGGUCUACAAUAUGCAAAGUAUACAUGAUUCCAGAUUAGACUAAACUUUCUGAACAUAUUUAUUUGCCAAAAUGGACCUUGCUGCUUGUAUGUCAGUGUGCCUAUGUGUAAAUAAGGUGAAUAAAGCGGUUUGCGAUCUGUGUAAGCAUUUUGAGCUGUCAUAUUUAACAUGGUACUUUUCAGUUACCAAAGUCAAUGCAUGCACUCAUUUUACUUUUUGUUUGAAAUCUAUCUAAAAGCAAUAUUUGUACAUAUUGUAUUUUGUAACUGUUUUGUUCCAUGUUAUAGUCUUGAAAAACAAAUACAAG